GGGCCAAACGCGCCCUCAGCUCCACACCAAUAAUCACCAUGACCGCCAGGGUUUCCUACUUCGAAUGUGGCUCCCAGCGAUCGCUUCCACUCAUUUCGACUACACUGAGGUCUCACCUCGUGGAUCUCACCGCCUCACAUACACUCACGCAGGUGUAUAGCAACAGCCACUCCUCCAGCACCGAUAUCGCUGAAGCUAGGUAUACAUUCCCUCUCUACGAAUCCUCCGCCGUCACGGAUUUCCAGGCUUUGGUUGGGGAGAGGACGAUCAAGGGAGUGGUGAAGGAGAAGGCCGAGGCGAAAGCGAUCUACGAAGCCGCCAAAUCUGCCGGAAAGGUCACCGCUUUGUUCUCACAGGAUACCUGUGAGGUAUUCACCACCAGCCUCGGAAACAUUCCGGCCCGCAGUUUGGUGGUGGUGGUGAUCAAGUACGUGCACGAAUUGAAGCAGGACAUCGAUGUCGAUGGGCUCAAGCUCGUCGUUCCCACCGUCAUCGCUCCAAAGUACGGGGAGCACCCCAUCGCCAAGGACUUGGGUUUCGGCAAUCGCUGGCGGGCUUGUUGGGGCCUCUUCUCGCGGGAGAUUCGGGAUAUCGGUGACGCGGAGAAUGUGGGGCUCUGCCUCUCUGUCACCGCCACUAUGAGUGGGGCCAUCCGGGGUAUCUCUUCCCCUAGCCACCCCAUCUCCAUAGGCCUUGGCUCCCAUUCCAGUACCGACGACGCGGACUACGAUCCCAAGAAGGCGCACGCAACGCUUGCUCUUGCUUUGCCGUCCCUGAUGGGGCUCGACAAGGAUUUUACCCUUCUCAUCAAUGCCAACAAUAUCGGCGACCCCAGAGCUUUUUUCGCUCCCCACCCGGCCAUUGCGGGUACGUCUACACUCAUGAUCACGAUGGUUCCGAAAUUCGUCCUUCCGCCGCAAGGUCAUGAAAUCGUAUUCGUUGUUGACCGGUCAGGGUCGAUGCUUGAUAAAAUUGCUACUGUCCGAUCCGCUCUCCAUCUCUUCCUGGCCUCGUUGCCGGCAGGCUCGUACUUUAAUAUAUGCUCUUUCGGAUCAAACCAUUCAUCCCUCUGGCCGCGGUCGCGGAAAUAUUCGGAAGAGUCCCUGAGCGUGGCGAAGGCGCAUGUCAUGAGGCUUGAUUCCGACAUGGGUGGAACGGAAAUUCUUGCUCCAGUGACUGACACCAUGAGCAGGCGGCGACCGGAUAUGAGGACCGAGAUCCUUAUCCUGACCGACGGAGAGGUUUGGAAUACGGAAAGCAUGUUUCAAUUUAUCAAGAAAUCUUCCGAGGAUGGGAAUGUUCGCUUCUUCUCACUCGGUGUCGGGGACACGGUUUCGCACGGUCUUGUGGAAGGGAUAUCUCGGGCUGGAAGGGGAUAUUCCCAGAUUGUCAGCACCACCAGCAAUCUCCAGAAGAAGGUCAUGCGCAUGUUGAAGGCAGCACUAACACCUCAUGUCAACGACUGGGGCGUGGACUGGGCGGGAAAGCCCGAAGCGCAACGCGCGACUCUGGCCACUCCCGCUCCCGGCACCGUUGCACCCAUUUCCCUCUUCGACCCAAACUGCGAUCCGGACAGCACCCCCAGCGCUCCGUCUAGUGGCACACCCACUCUUACUCUACCAAAGGUCGUUCAAGCGCCCACAAUGGUCCCCGCGUUGUUUCCAUACUCCCGGGCAACCGUUUACUUUUUGAUAUCCAACGGCCACAGACCGGAAAAGGUGUUCCUCAAGGGUUCCGCCCACGACACCAACUCAAAUACCAUCUGCCCACUGCAAAUCGAAAUCCCCGUGCAUGCCAUCACAUCCGUAGGGGCAUCACUCGGUCUAUAUCAGCUAGCCGGACGCAAACUCCUCCAAGACCUCGAAGAAGGGCGACUUUCGUAUCUCGAGGGCAUCUACGACGAGACAAAAGAGCCAACAAAGCGCGCCGAACUGAUCGCAAAAGAAGGGACAAGGGUUGGCCUGGAAUUCGGGCUAGCCAGCAAGUGGACUUCAUUCGUAGCGGUCGCAGAGGAUGAAUCUACUAGAGAAGUGCAUGCGAGCGAAGAUGUACUUGCGAAGGGAGAGCAAACCGCCAGCUUUGAAUCCGCGUCUCCCUCUUCCAUGGGGCCUGGGUUCUGGGCGUUUGCACAAUCUGCCUCCGUUUCCCCUAAAUCCGGGGCGAUGCAAUUUAUGAGCCCUCACGGGCAACAACAGGCGCAAGCACUAUCGAUCGGAGGGGGGGCGGAAGGCAGGACAACCCUAUCUGGUGGGCUGUUCGGAGGUCGGGUCAUGGGAGCGGGGACGGGAGGUGCUCUCUUUGGCGCAGCACCACGGCCAAGCACCAGGCCAACGGUGUGCUACGAGAAAAUGAAUUUGUUCAAUCCGAGCGCACAGGACACCGAGCGAGUCCAGCUAGCCAUGAAAGCCCCAAUACCCCUCCCAUCAUCCUCUGACUCCGAUGGCUCUCCAUAUCUAGCCUUCGGCUCAUCACCGGGGUACAGCCCCUCCUCCCCUCCCCCUCCCGCGCAACAAUUCCAGCAGGUGGGAUCGCAGCUGAAUCCAAAAGGACCCCACGAACUGGUCUCCCAAAUUGCCACCCUCCAGCAAUUCAGCGGGAUGUUCAAAUCAGCCGACAGGAUAUUCGCAUGGCUAGGCUUGCAAAACUGCGGGUUGGAAAUGGCGCACGCUGAUGUGGACUUUGUCGCGACGGUGGCGGUCAUCCUUGCGCUGGAGAGCAGGUUCCCGCAGCUAGUGGAAGAGUGGGAGCUCAUGGUUUCGAAGGCUAAGGAGGCGGUUGGGCGGCUUUACUCCCAGGGGGAUAGGGAGGUUGUGGCUUCGGUUGUCCGGGUGGCCUUGGGACUGUGAACACCUGUUUCUCUUAUUUUCUCGGUGGGUUGGACAGAGCGAGGGCGAGAGUUGGAGGUAAUGCAGUCAUAAUUCGCGAUUUUUCUGUUCCCUAUCCUCUCUGUUUUUCUUUUCUAGUGUGUUUUUCCUUUCUACUGGGUGGUUAACCGAAUCAGGGGAGAGGCCAAUGAAUUAACGCCAAUUUCUGUUAUUCCCCCCUCAGUCCUUUGCCGGAAUUUUCGCACGUGACCUAUUUCAUACCACCUUAAUACAUAUCACCAUGAGUGAUCCCUGGUGACCUCACACAUCUAUCGCACCUUCAUUUAUGAGCCUCCGGUUUCCCAGGCCCAGAAAUCUCAACUCAAUUCCCUCUUACUUCUCUCGUCCCUCGUGAUAUCAUAUCGUACCUUUCAACACUCACGGACCCCCCCGUGUCCCUCCACAUACAUGACAAGAUGAAAAGCGUGACGAAACGCAUUUAGGACGUGAGUGAAAGAGUAAAAGCCAAAAAUGGAGACAAUAGUGCGCAACCACGAUACCCUAGCUCACGUGGAUCCUCCAGGGCCUUCGUGGAUCGCUCGGUCUAUUUCUUGGGCCUCGCGGUUUUUUCUUUCGGCAAUCGAGAUCGUCCGUAACCAGGCACCCAGUAAAACGUCAUACGGCAGCAAGAAAUAAGAGGGUGAAGAUGAUGGAAUUUUGUACUGGAUACAAGGUGUACUUACUGUACCAUCGAUCCGCAACUGAAAUGGGUUUCUAGGAGAGGAAGGACGCACCUCGAGAUAUCGCCAAGUAAAUUUGGGGUACUGGUCCCAUGCUGGUGAACUCAACCUUCUUCCCUACCUGGACGAGUAGCAAGUUCUGGCCGUUCCUGAUAACGACACUCAGCAUGACUUACUGGUUCACGUCCUCGAAGCACACUGAACAGAAAUUGAUCUCAAGAGGCUGGUUUUAAGGUCAAAUCCCGAACUACUGAAAAGCGUUUCCGUCGAGGUGGUCUUUCUUUUUUUUUCCUUCUUCCCCAGCCCAAGAAAUAGCAAGAAAGGGGGGGGGGGGGGUCGAAGUAAAAGGAGAGAUGGGGUAGAGAGAGAAGGAGAGAGGAGAGGACAGACGAUGAAAUUGGAGCCAUGUCCUAAAUUUUCCUAUAUCAUAUCAUACUUUUAUCAAAGAACCCACCUCCGCAGGCUACCGGACUGCGUUUUCAUAUGGCAAUCUUACCCCUUUGAUACGUCCCCAGAAACAGAUAGAAGGCGAGUGGAAGGAUGAUACG